AUGACCUGUUCAUGGCACUAUGCCGACCUCGGAGACGAGGACGAGGUAAUUCAGGACCGCCAUGUCUUCGAGUGUCGCCGGGCUCCGGUGUGCGCGGGCCCGGCGCCGGGCCACUGGACCGUGCGGCUGGCGAUGACGCAGCUGCCGGGCGUGCCCCUGGAGAGCAGUACCUCGAGUCGCGCAGCCUGCGCGUGUCCAGGCAGACCCUUCGCACCGAGGAUGACCUCGUGCCAGCCUGCAGGGUCGCCGGGGAGCUGCUGGUCCAGCUGA